AUGAUGCUGAUGGGUUGGGUUUGCAUACAAUGCAGUAUGGACCAACAAAAUGGUCUCAUUGCAAGGUGGACAUAUAGGCAAGACAUGUCAAGAGAGAGAGAAGCUUGGACUAUUGAGGAGGAACAUGCACUGAUUAAUGCCCAUCGGGUAUAUGGGAAUAUAUGGGCAGAAAUAGCAAAACUUCUUCCUAGAAGGAAUCGGGUACUUCUAUUUGUUCUUAGGUUCUUCUCACCUAUAGCUAAAGUCAAAGACGACGAAGCCAAGUGGAUUUUUGGAGUUACAAGAUACACAAAAUCAUCGUCAUCUAAAUCUUCUUUUCUAAUAUGA